AUGCCAGGGUACCCAGGGCUUCGACACUUCAAGAAUGGGAUAUUGAAUGUUUCGCAAUGGACCGGCACCAAGCACAAGGAGAUGCAGCACGUGUUCAUGGGCCUUCUUGUUGGCGCCGUUCAGCCACAGGUUUUACGAACUGCAAGGGCCGUGAUUGAUUUCAUCUACUAUGCUCAGUUACAGAUGAUGCACUACUUUGCCUCCAUCAAGUCGCGUGGAUCUGCCAACAGAUACAAUACAGAGUGGUCAAAAAGGCUUCACAUUGACUUUGCAAAGGAGGGUUAUCGGGCAAGUAAUAAGCAUGACUUCAUACAACAGAUGGCGACAUGGUUGGAUAGGCAGGAAGCAACAGCAUGUUUUGGACAGUAUCUCGAUUGGCUGUUGCGAUGCGAAAGCCAGGAAGAGCUGGACAGUGAGGACCUCGACAAUGAUGAUGUGGAUGAAAGUGGUCAUGAGAAAGUUGGCCAUGGCAGUGCCAGCCACACUGAUGUAGUUGAUGACGAAGUCUCAUCCCACUCUGGUUUACCUGCCACCCAUCUCCUUGCAGUCAACCCUGGCUUUCAUUGGGUGAAGCUCAAGGACAUCGUCACCCAAUUCCACACCACAGACUUCCUUACUUUGGUCACUAGAUUUAUCCGAUGCACACAUCCACCUCCUGAACAGCCAACCCUUCCAAAUGCAACUGAUGUGUUCGACAUCUACAAAUGGCUUUCAAUUCAUUUAAAGGACCUUGCUGCUGUUGGACACAUUGGCACCUUGCAACGCAUCCGUGCAAUGCCACUUACUCUGGGGCGGAAACACGACUCACCUGAAAACUUCGACACCGUUCUUGUCAGGAGUGAAAGUGAGAAGGGAAACCAGGCCACCAAGGGCACAUGCUUAGAAGAUCACUUGCAUUGUGACCACUCCCUUCCACAAUACCUCGUCUAUAUUGAAUGGUUCAACCUGCUGCGAUCCCCCGAUCCCGACUCAGGCCUCUGCUUUGUUACUCGCUCUUCCCACCACAAUCAGCCCAUUUCCGAGGUUGUGCCCCUUUGUAAUGUUGUCUUAGGCUGCCAUCUCAUUCCAAAAUUCAGCACCAAGUUCUCUCCUGCCAAGUGGAAUCACCUCAAAAUCCUCAACAAUUGGAAAACCUUUUCUCUCAACAAAUAUAUUGAUCUAGCUACGUUUUACGAGCACCAAGUCUUUCGCUAA